CUUUCUCUCUUUCUCUCUCCCUCCCUUUCUCUCUCUCUCUCUGUCUCACUCUCUUCCUCCCCCCCUCUCUGUUGGCUGAUAGAUGGUUAAAUGUGCUUGGGUAACUAAGAAUAACAAAUGGAGCUCCGCUCAUUGGCACUCUCUUUGUGUGUUUUGCAUUCCAGAUAUGAUGGGUUAUUGAGAUGUAUGCUUAACUGGGGGGCAUGAGGGCAGUCUCUACGGCUCCGGGUUCAGCCAAGGGCUCGGCCAAUGACAGUGCAUGCCUGCAUCACAUUACGUUUGAUGCUUCAGUCAUUUCUCGGCUAAAUACCUGUAUGGCCCACAGACGGAACUGUCUCUUUGUAGGAGAUCCCAGCUGUUAGAACAUUGUUGACCUCCUACCUAGACCUAGCUUGUGUGACAGAGUACCGUACUGUAGGUGAGUCGUCGAUCAGACACAAUGGCUCGGUUGAGAUUCAUGGCUGUUUGGAUGACAGCGUAGGAGAAAGUGGGACAUUCGCGUCAGUGGCAUUGCUCGCGACACAACCUGAUUGAUGAAAGUGAGUUCCCUCCGUGAAAAAAAACCUUUUGUGACUUCCCCCGUCUAUGACAUGGGCGUUCCACUUCCUGCGUCUGUGACCUUUGCCCCGCGACAACCGACUGUGGAUCUGCUCCUGUGUGAUGGAUGACACCUGUGCGUGUUGAGCAAUCGCUCCCUGUCACAACACUGCUUUUCUUUCUUACUCACUUUUCUUUUUUUUCCCUCCGCGUGGGAGCAUACCUCUCUGAGCCAAUACCAAGGCAGAUAAUCAUCUCCGUGAUGUAUGAUCGCUUAUUUUCCUUCGUGAGAGAAGAUUUCAGGCUCCUUGGAAUGCGUGUGUGUGUAAGAGCGAGAGUUGGCAGUGCCGGGGAACAACUGCAACACUCAGCGUUGACACACAGUAGCAACCCCAGUUGUGGAGGAGUUUCCACCUGCAGAGACCGCCCGCGGAACCGCCGGAGCUGUCGCGCGCCUUCCUCGAACCCGACGACAGCGCUCCACUGCGCAUGACGGAACCCGGUUCCCGUGCUAGAGCACCGGCGCCUCGCAUCCGUGUGUCUGUCCCCUCGGGAUCCAGUUACAGAUCGGUCUGGUGGAGAUCUGUCUGAUGCACCCCCUGGACGUGGUGAAGACCAGGUUUCAGAUCCAGAGAGGGACCAGCGAACCACACAGCUACAAGAACCUGGGAGAUUGCUUCAGGACUGUCUUUCGCAACGAGGGUGUCUAUGGCUUCUAUAAGGGCAUCGUCCCACCAAUCCUGGCUGAGACUCCUAAGAGGGCAGUUAAGUUCUUCACCUUCGAGCAAUACAAGAAGCUGCUGACACUCACCCCUUUGUCUCCGGGCUUGGCCCUGUCAGUAGCAGGUCUGGGGUCAGGCCUGACUGAGGCUGUGGUGGUCAACCCCUUUGAGGUGGUGAAAGUCAGCCUGCAGGCCAACAGGGACUCUUUCAAAGUGCAACCCUCCACCUUUGCCCAAGCAAGACACAUCAUCAACUCUGGAGGCCUGGGUCUGCGAGGUCUGAACAAGGGCCUGACCUCCACUCUGGGCCGGCAUGGAGUCUUCAACAUGAUCUACUUCGGCUUCUACUUCAAUGUCAAGGAUGCCAUUCCUGCCAGCUCGGACCCGGGUCUGGAGUUCCUGAGGAAGUUUGCCAUUGGCCUGCUGUCUGGAACCAUCUCCUCCUGUGUGAACAUUCCCUUCGACGUGGCCAAGAGCCGCAUCCAGGGGCCACAGCCAAUCCCAGGAGAGAUCAAGUAUCGCACCUGCUUCCAGACCAUGGGUCUGGUAUACCGGGAGGAAGGGUACUUGGCCUUGUACAAAGGAUUGGUUCCCAAGAUCAUGAGACUUGGACCAGGUGGAGCUGUGAUGUUGCUGGUUUAUGAGUACAUGUCUAAAUGGCUGCAGACAAACUGGUGAAGUAAAGGUGCCACAGACAGCCCAUCCACUGCCUUCAACCUAGAUCUAGGACCUGUAAUUCAGUUCGUCCACAACACACACACACACAAACACUACACAAAACACACUCAGACACAAACCCGCGCACCACACACACACAAAUACGUUCACACACAAACAUGCACAUCCACACACACACACACCUUUCAUAACCCAGCCAGUAUUACAGCCCUCUCCUGAACUGGACUGACUACACUGCCUUCCCUUUCCCACACCCUAGCGAGCUCAACACACCAUCCUACAUCAAACGCACGUCAUCCUACAUCAAACAUCCUCCAUUCUGCAUCAAACAUCCUCCAUCCUCUAUCCAGCAUCAAACAUCCUCCAUCCUCUAUCCUGCAUCAAACAUCCUCCAUUCUCUAUCCCGCAUCAAACAUCCUCCAUUCUGCAUCAAACAUCCUCCAUCCUCUAUCCUGCAUCAAACAUCCUCCAUCAUCUAACCUGCAUCAAACAUCCUCCAUUCUCUAUCCUGCAUCAAACAUCCUCCAUCCUCUAUCCUGCAUCUAACAUCCUCUAUCCUACAUCAAACAUCCUCCAUCUUCUAUCCUGCAUCAAACAUCCUCUAUCCUGCAUCAAACAUCCUCCAUUCUGCAUCAAACAUCCUCCAUCUUCUAUCCUGCAUCAGACAUCCUCCAUCCUGCCCAAGUAAACCUUCACAUUGCACUGCAGCUCCAUUUAAUGUCUACAACAAAUGAUCAAAAACCCCAACCACAGACACAGUCCCACACACACACUCACACAUCUGCACGCGCUUAGACAAAUGUGUGCACACACACACCACACACACACACACACACCACACAAAGGUACGUAAACACAGCCACAGACACAGCCACUACGUGCUUGUCACUUUGACGCUGUUCGACAAACGACCGUGAAAAACAGUAGGAUGUCCUUUCCUGCUUCCCGUACUGUGUUCCUGAAGCUGGUGCCAGACUGGAGCAAGCAGAGAGAAACUCUUCCUGGAACAUUCGGAACAUUUCUUGAAGCUUUAAGAUCGUGAGACAUUCACGCCAGUGUUUCAUUAUAGUUCAUGAUACCUAAACAAUUCCACAUCCUGUUAAUCGCAUUAGGCUAUGUGUCUGGAGAAAUUGUAUCUGUCCUGAGGAGGAAGCUUGAAAUGGUUUGACUGUGAGACCUUUAUGUGCCUUCAAAGCGUUCUGUACUGAUUUCACAAAUUAAUUAAAAGCACAUUUCAGUG